GUCUUAUUUUGCAUUAGCUCAUGAACCACAAUGCCUUUAGUAACAAGGAACAUUGAACCGAGGUAUCUGUGCCGCCAGCCUCUGCCUAAUAAUGUUCAAAGUGAAUUGGAAUGCGUGACAAAUAUCACACUUGCAAAUGUCAUCAGACAACUUGGCAGCUUGAGUAAAUAUGCUGAGGAUAUCUUUGGUGAGCUAUUUAGAGAAGCAGGUAGUUUUGCUAUUAGAGUAAACAGCCUUGGAGAGCGGAUUGACCGUUUGCAGGUUAAAGUAACCCAACUUGAUCCCAAAGUUGAAGAUGUUUCACUGCAAGCUAUCAACCUGAGGAAAGCUUUCAAAAGCUCCACGAAGCAGGAUCAGCAGUUGUUCUGCCGGUCAUCUCUGCCUAUUCCUAUUGAUGAUACAUACAAUAUGUGUGACAAGCCUCCACCCCUUCAUAUCCUAACUCCAUACAGAGAGGAUGGAAAAGACAGUCUUAAGUUUUACACUGAUCCUUCCUAUUUCUUUGAUCUCUGGAAAGAAAAAAUGCUGCAAGAUACCAAGGAAAUAAUGAAGGAAAAGAGGAAACACCGGAAAGAAAAAAGGGAUGUUUCAAAUAGAGGAAAUUUGAAUCCACGGAAAAUUAGGACCAGAAAGGAAGAAUGGGAGAGGUUGAAAAUGGGCAAGGAAUUUGUGGAAGUGAAGUCUGCUGCAGAAGAAACUGGACCUAACAGCAAUGAGAUCUACCCUAAUGGAAGUAUAGGUUCAGAUGGAAAUGAAGAACUUGUUUAUAGAACUCAUGGAAAUUAUCGUGAUUCAAUCAUUCCACCACCUCCAGCAUCACCAGGGACUGAUUUACCUCCACCACCACCUGAUUUUGGCUAUGCCAUGGAUAUGCAGAAGGAUUCUUCAAGCCAUAAAAGGAUUAGCUUUGGCAGCCCAACUAUUCCUCCUCCAGCACCACCCCCUGGCCCACCUUUAGGAGUUGGAACUGCUGCUCCUCCAGCCCCUCCUCCACCGCCACCAUUCAUGGCACCCGAGGGACACUUGCCUCCUGCUGUCCCACCUCCACCCCCUCCCUCAAUGCCUCCAAUGCAGUUUAAUCAGAAUUUCCAUGGUGUUGAUGCCCCAUCUAUGCCGCCUCCUCCACCUCCAACUGAUCAGUUCCCUGCUGCUCCUGUUCCAUUUGUAUCCUCCUCCUCUGGAGCAGCUGGCCCUCCUCCACCCCCUCCCCCUCCACCACCACCUGGUCCUCCUCCGACUGGUCCUCCUCCACCUGCAGACUCAUCAACAUUAUCCUUUAGCAAUGGCCCACCGCCACCUCCAUCAUUGGAGCCAAAACCCAAAGCGUCUUUGCCACCAGUGAGUGAUGCUAGGACCGACUUGCUAUCAGCUAUUCGGCAAGGCUUCCAGCUUCGCAAAGUUGAAGAACAGCGUGAACAAGAGGAAAAGCGGGAUCGGGUUGGAAAUGAUGUGGCCACUAUCUUGUCUAGACGUAUAGCAGUUGAAUAUAGUGAUUCAGAAGAAUCAGAGUUUGAUGAUGAAGAAUGGUCUGACUGAGCUGGACUAUGCUGACACAUGAAUCACCAGCUGCCAGUGGUCUUCUGUUUGAAAAACCAAACUUUUUCCAACAUUGCCUUCACACAGAUGUUGUAUUCUAAUGUAUUAUUUGCACAGAUUGUGAAUCUGUGUUGGGAAAAUGUCAGACAAGAGAACACUUGGCAUUAUUAAGGAAGGCUUAUAAUAUAUUAAGUGCCACAUUUACAAAGCAGUAAAAUAGACUUGUCCCUGUAGGGUGGUUCAUAUGCACUGCAUGUAGAUGCAUUUUUCCUCAUUGUUGACAUGUGCUAAAAGCCACUGGAUUACUAAAAUGAAAAUAGCUUGCUGCCUUAUAUCAGACUGUAAUUGCAGUGCGCAUCAGCCAACAAGUGAAAUUAUAUUUAUCGGCCAAUAUUUUUUCUAUAUAAAUUAUAGUAUUCUACCUUUUAAUCAAAUAGUGUAGUUAGAAUGAUGAAAUUUUAUAAUCUGCUGCACUUCACUAAAAAAAUAUAGAAGCAGUAAAGUUUAGAGUCCAUAUACGUUUGCUAGUGCUAAUUGGGUUUAUAUCUUUUAAAAUGCUCCUAUUGACUUAAAUCAUGCCAAUGUGUCUUGUGUGUAAUUAACAUUGUCACCAAAGUGCUUUAUUGAACAGUUUUAAAGGGAACAUAUGUAAAUCUCUCUAGUAGGAAUCUUCAAGCCUUAAUGAUUUUCUUUUUUAACAUGACAACAUGAUCCUAAAAUAAAUAAACUUGUUUGUAUUAAUUACCUACAGUCCACACUGGUAAUUGUCCACAAAGAAGCCAAUAAUGAUAGACCAAAAAUGGCAGUCAGCCUAUGAGGGAAUUGUAAUUUCAUCUUUGCUUUGUUUAUAUCGUUUGUAAGUGUUUCUGCAUUUUGCUUAUGCAAUCUUCAGUGAAUGGAUGUGAGGGGAAAACUUCACUGACCAACUAUGCAAAUUUAGUGCUGCUUAAAACUAACAAUAUUAUGUACAAUAACGUAAUUAAGUGUUCAAAAUUAUCUUGAUUUAAACUUAACAGAUUAUUUUUCAGUGUUUUUCUGAUAAAUUUUACAAUCCUACAUCAUAGGGUAUUUGGGUUAAUGAUUUUUUAUCACUUCCUCCCCUAUUUGUUCUUAUCUCCCUGAGGUGGGCAAUUUAAUUUGAUACCUGGAGUAACUCCCAGUAAUUUCUAUAGAAUUUUUCAAGACCAAACAGCAGAAAUGCUCACAGGAAUGUAUUUAAUUAGAACUGUUUGCUACUAUGGAUCAUGUGCAAAGUUUGCUAUGGGCUUCCUGAAGACUGUUAAAAUAAAUGAUGACCAAACUAUUGUACUUAA